AUGUCCACCAACCCUAUUGUUCUUGCCCGUGGACACACAGAAGCAGUCACAUCUUUGUCACUUUCUGAUCAUCUGCUGGCAUCUGGAAGUGUGGAUGGCAAUACUUAUUUCUGGUCGCUUGAUCAAAGUCCUUAUCCUGUUCUCCAGGCUCCGAGAUAUGGUCACUGUUCUAGUCUUAAAUUUAGUGUUAAACAACCGAAUAUGCUGUACGGCGCAUACUGUCAAGAAAUUGUUUCCUGGGAUAUUCGCAACAUAACACAGCCAUCUGGUGUUUGGAAAGUUAAUGAAGAAAAAGUGAAUUCCAUUGAUGUAUCGGAGAUUGGUGAUCGUCUGGCAUCGGCAGAUGGUACUGGUGCUGUACAGAUUAUUGACUUGAGUAAUGGUACCCUUGUGCGAACUCUUAGGAAGCACGAUAGAAGCGUGUCUUCAGCUAAGUUUCGCCCCGGCCGUCCUUGGCAGCUGGUGAGCGGUGGUGUCGACUGUAAAGUUGUCGUUUCCGACUGGAAAGGAAGCGGUCUAGCGGUAAAUAUAUUUGAGUUGGAUGAAAUGGUGGAUUACUCUGUGUCCGACUUAAACAAUGUGGCGGCUGACGAUAGUUAUGUAGACAGUAUAGAUGAUGAAUCCUUGAAUCCAUUAUCCGGUCUCGAUUUUGUCUCCACCAUGUACUAUGACGGGGGUUAUACCAGAACUGAUGACCGCACUCGAGAUCGGUUCGCCGAGCAAAUUGCACGACUCUUUCUUUUGCCCACACCAGUAUCAUCAAGUAAUCCCCGGCCUUCUAGCAUACCGUUAAGUACUCGUUCAGUUAUGUCAAUCGCAUGUUCGCAAUCUGGUAACAUCGUCGCUGCCGGACUUGAGAGCAGCACCAUUGAAUUAUUUGCCGGGCCUGGCAAGUAUCUACACCAUUAUGAAUCAUUAUAUGGUCACCAGGGUGGAGUGUCAACCAUCCAUUUUAUAAGUGAUACAUUACUAAUCAGCGGUGGUAAAGACGAGAGUAUCUAUGUAUGGAAUCUUGAGUCGGAUGCUUAUGGUCAAGGUACAUAUCACGGUGAAGAAGUGAACGCCUUUGAGGGUAAACAGCUGGAACGUGUUAUCGUUGCGGAUUCCUCACCUGUAAUUAGAGUACUGGAUUUGUCUGUCGAAUGA